CCCCUCAGGUUCCCCUUUCUCGGCCGCCGUUGCUCGGCGCUCAGGGACGGCAAGAUGGCGGCGCAACAGCAGGAGCUUGAGGGCGGUGCGCAGCGGGCCGGGUCGGCAGCGGAGGCCGACCCCCUAGGCCGCUUCACCUGUCCGGUGUGCUUAGAGGUGUACGAGAAGCCUGUGCAGGUGCCCUGCGGACACGUCUUUUGCUCUGCAUGCCUGCAGGAAUGUCUGAAGCCGAAGAAACCUGUCUGUGGGGUCUGUCGCAGCGCUCUGGCACCUGGCGUCCGAGCCGUGGAGCUCGAGCGGCAGAUCGAGAGCACAGAGACUUCUUGCCAUGGCUGCCGUAAGAAUUUUUUCUUAUCCAAGAUCCGGGCCCAUGUGGCUACCUGUUCUAAAUACCAGAAUUACAUCAUGGAAGGUGUGAAGGCCACCACUAAGGAUGUGUCCCUUCAGCCAAGGAAUGUCCCAAAUCGUUAUACCUUUCCUUGUCCUUACUGUCCUGAGAAGAACUUUGACCAGGAAGGACUUGUGGAACAUUGCAAACUAUCCCACAGCAAGGAUACCAAAUCUGUGGUUUGUCCGAUAUGUGCCUCUAUGCCCUGGGGAGACCCCAACUACCGCAGCGCCAACUUCAUAGAGCACAUCCAGCGCCGGCACCAGUUUUCUUAUGAUACUUUUGUGGAUUAUGAUGUUGAUGAAGAGGAUAUGAUGAAUCAAGUGUUGCAGCGUUCCAUCAUUGACCAGUGAGCAGAGUCUGUGCCAUCCAUCUCAUGUUCUAGAGCUUCCAUUAUGUGUUAAACGUCAAACUUUUGACUCCUACACCUUAACUGUACAACAGACUUGGAAAUGAUCUAUGGCCUUGGGACAGAGUCACUUCUGACAGGGUCCCCAGGUCAGAGCCCUCCUUUCCUUUGGGUUCUUGCCAAAGCUGUCUUCCUUGCUGUUAACUUUGUUUGUCACGUGCUCUAGUCUAUUGGUUCUUAGUUGCUUCUUGGAGCUUCUGCCUCUUCUUCUGGAAGAGAAUCCAGCUUUUUCACCUCUACCCUGUUCUUGUUUCACACUCAUUCCUCCCAUCCAGUGUUCAUCUCUCAGGUCCUCAGAGCCAGCCAGGACCUAUUCUGGGUCAUGAAGAGCACAACGAAACAAGCUGCUUCUUUCCUUGUCCCUGAGGUGUGUGGGCUCUGGUGACAGUGCCCCUGACUCAUGCUGAAGCUGCUGUGUGCGGCAGAGCUGCUUGCCAGUGGGCAUUGGCGGCAGCUGCUGCAAGCUGGAGGUUGUGUUUCAUAAGUCCUCAGGGUGAAUGUUCUGAGUUCAGCAUGAUCCAAUGCUGGAAGUUUUGAUUAGUGAUACUUCCCUACUACUUCUGCACAUCCUUAGAAUUAACUGGUUCGGUCUUAAAUGCCUGCAUGGUGCCUUUUUAGGAUAAGGUCUAACCAUAUGUUUUUAGUGGAAGUGUUCCAGGUCAGGAAGAUUGAAAUUUCUGUAAUCUGUAAGUGGGGAGGAGAGUCAGCUAAAAGAGGUGGGAGUCCAUAGAUUUUUGGUUCUAAUUUUCAAACUAAUGAGGUAUUUUCAAAUGACUGGGUCAUGUUUGCCUCUCUGGGAGCCUUUCUUGUUCUUGACACAUGAAAAGGAGUCCUCAAAUGAAUAAGAAGGAAGAGAAGGCUCCAAGCAGAUACUAAUUCUUUUAUCUUCUUCUUGGUAACUUAAACUGACCAUUGUUUUUGUAUCACAGAUGGUUUUAUGACACUGGUUUCAACAUGUAAAUCCAUAUGUGAAAAUCUGCUUUCUGAAUGCAGAGCACAGCUAUAGGAAACCCAGUUUUGCACUCCGUUGUCUCUUCCAAGAGACACACUUCAUAAGGCACAUGUCAUAACGAGCAGUUGUUAGUAAAAGCUGUCUACUAGAAACUUCAGUAACAGCUUUAGAAACUAGAAGUUCUACAUAUUCUACAAAUAUUUGUAAAUAUAAGGGUAAGAGCUACCAGCCUAAUCUGUAGAAACAGAACCUCUGAUUGACCAAAAGGCAUAUGGAUUUAGGUUUCUUCUUUCAUGUCACACAUCUAGUCUGAAUAUGGAAAUUUUUUUCUGGUCAGUGGCUGAGGUUCAGAUGACAGUGGGCUUGGGUCUGUAAUUGCUGCUGUGGUCUCUCCCUGCCUGCCGAUGAAGAGCUGCCAGUGCUUAGUCACCAGCGAAGAUGGAGCCCAUUGGGGCAAAAUAGUUUUUUCCGAUGUAUACUUUAACCCAAAUGUUAAAGGUCAGCUUCUUCACUGUAAUUUCUGUAAAAAGUUUACUCAAACCUCCCUGGAUUGAAAUCAUCUCAGUAGAGGUUAGGAGGAAAAUUUGACAAAACCCUCAUUUGAGGGAAAUAAUGAGAGCAUACGUCCAUCUCACUGGUGGUACCAAGAAACUUAUUUCCUUGUAUUAAGUGCACUUCAUGUAUUUCUAAUAAGAUGACUUUCCAGAAAGUGAAAUUUGUUAUGUUCUGGCUUUCAAAAGGUAAAAUAUAAAUAAAUUUCAUAAUUUA